UCUUUGCUUAUGGCUAUGCCCGUCAUCAUUAGAAAAUCGUCGGGUAAACAGUAUAUUUUAAUAUUUUUUUAUGUUUUGACUAAAACAAGCAUAUCAGAAAACAGCAUAAAGUAUACAUAAAAAAUAAAAUUUUAACAUAUGAAGUGUUAAAAUUUGCUUGUCUGUGUAUUAUAAGGCUUCAAAAUAGCUUCCAAAAUGCAAAACGUUAAUGCUCCUCGAGAGCCUGCUCCUGUGCUGAGCACGAGUUCCACAAUACUUAAUAUGAGGGAAAAAGAGAAAUAUAUUGAAGACUUUGACUUUCCCUUCUGCGACGAGUCUUCGAAAUAUGAAAAAGUUGCAAAAAUAGGUCAAGGAACCUUUGGAGAGGUGUUCAAAGCACGAGCAAGAAAUAGCAGUAAAAAAUUUGUCGCUAUGAAAAAAGUGCUUAUGGAUAACGAAAAAGAAGGCUUUCCUAUCACAGCAUUACGUGAAAUAAAGAUAUUGCAACUACUGAAACACGAGAACGUUGUAAAUUUGAUUGAAAUAUGUCGGACUAAAGCCACACUUCACAACAAAUACAGAUCAACAUUUUAUUUAGUUUUCGACUUUUGUGAACAUGAUUUGGCGGGAUUAUUGUCAAACGUAAAUGUUAAAUUUAGUUUAGGUGAGAUAAAGAAGGUAAUGCAGCAACUACUAAAUGGUUUAUAUUAUAUACACAGCAAUAAGAUAUUGCACAGGGACAUGAAAGCUGCAAAUGUGCUAAUAACUAAGAAUGGUAUAUUGAAGCUUGCUGAUUUUGGUCUGGCCAGGGCAUUUAGUGUUGCCAAGUCUGGACAAGUGAACAAAUACACAAACAGAGUAGUAACCUUGUGGUACAGGCCCCCAGAACUACUUUUGGGAGACCGCAAUUAUGGCCCACCUGUGGACAUGUGGGGUGCUGGAUGUAUAAUGGCAGAGAUGUGGACUAGAUCUCCCAUCAUGCAGGGCCCUACAGAGCAACAGCAGCUCAUCCUGAUAUCUCAGCUAUGUGGCUCCUGUACUCCAGAUGUGUGGCCUGGAGUUGAGAACCUAGACCUGUAUAACAAGAUGGAGCUGCCCAAGGGUCAGAAGCGGAAGGUCAAGGAGCGCCUCAAGCCCUAUGUAAAGGAUCCUUAUGGCUGUGACUUGUUGGACAAACUCUUGCAGUUGGAUCCCGCGAAAAGGUAUGACGCCGACACUGCCCUCAACCAUGACUUCUUCUGGACGGAUCCCAUGCCGUGCGACCUGGCUAACAUGUUGGCACAGCACACACAGAGCAUGUUCGAAUACCUGGCGCCGCCCAGACGACCAGGACACCUGCGGCACCACCACCACGUCGCUGGGGCUCAAGCGAAGCCCAACCCACCACCCCAAGACUCCGGGUAUCAGGAUAGGGUGUUUUAGACUGUGGAGGUGUGAGUGAGAGAAUACUAAACCAAUCAUUUCAAGUGUUUAUAUAGUUGCAAGCACUAUGAUCACAGGGCGACUGAUGAAAUUCGUGAUUAAAUGUUAGGUCAUUAUGUCACACGAAUUUAAUGAAUUUGUCCUUGUUAACCAGUUCACAUAUCAAUGUGAAAAAAAAAUGGUAGUGUAAGUCACACUCGCACAGAAGACACUAAAAAUUAAAAUAUAAGAUAAUACAGUUCGGCUGUAACAUGUUAAUAAAGUUCCUGUGUAAAUAUUUAAAUAGUUGUAGUAAUGUUAAAUUACCCGGUAUGAGACAUAUACAAUGGUAGUAUUUAAAUAUUAUCUGCAAAUUUAAGAAUAUUAGUAUUCACAAAAAUUAGAUAAUUUAUACGUCUAGAUAUACUGUGACAACAUUGAACACAUCCUGUUAACUCUAUUUUAUAUAUACUGUUAGCCUCUAUUUUCAGGAACCUACGCACACUAAAACAGUGUGAGUGUAAGACAUAGCUGUCAUGCACACUUAAGUAAUAAACCUGUUGUUAUGCGUUGUCUAACAGCAAAAGGUUCUAUCUAGACGUAUAAAUUAUCUAUGAAUGUUCAAUUCAUAUGGUUGUGAAACUGAAGUAGCAGUGGGCAGGGCACAUAGUCCGAUGGACAGAUGGCCGUUGGGGCAGAAAAGUUCUCGAAUGGCGACCACGUACAGGAAGGUCCCCCACAAGAUGGCAAUCUUCCGGCGAUCUUGACCAGAUCGUCGGUCAAGAUAUUGGUUGGGGCAGCACAGGACCGAUUGUCGUGGAUAUCUUUUGGGGAGGCCUUUAUCCAGCAGUGGACGUCUUCUGGCUGAUGAUGAUGAACAUUCAGAAACUCUUCAAAUGCAGAGUCAAUCGAAUCGAAUCUUUGGGGAUCUACUCUGUGAAAAGCUUGAUUAGUUUGGCAUUUAUGUAGGUUUAUUUAUGUGGUAGGUUCUAUGUCAAUUCGAAGUACUUAUUACAAUAAACAGACAAUUUCAUACUUUAAAUCCUAUUAUAUUCAAUGUGUGCUUUUACAUUAUUACGAUUAUACAAAUUAAAUUUGUAACAAAAUUUAUGAACGAUGCGGGACUCGAACCCGCGACCACUCGGGUUACGUCCACCUGAGCCACAACCUGAGAGCGUCACUCAGACGGUUAGUCCGAGAGAAAAAAAAAUGUAUAAUUAAUCUCAGAAGCGAGGGAUAUCACUUUAAAAAUAACAAAACUGUUAUGAUUACUAUAAUGUCUAUUUUCCGAGUUAAAAUACGAAUUUUGUAGACACCUGAAUAAAUUGUAACUUUUUAAUUAACGACAUGUAACAUUUGUUUUCUGUUAUGUAUGUCUAUCUGUCUGGAACAUUUCCCAUGUUUGACUGUGUAGAUAUAUAUAUUGCAGCUAAAGGUAAGUAGGUGUGAAGAUAAACUUAGAUUGGCUCUAUUCAAAAUAGGAUGUGACAUCACUAAUUGAAAGUCAAAAAACUACCAUCAAGAUGUUAAUUUCUUUGAAUUUUGCUCUCAAUGAUUCCUUAGGGCCUAGGUUAUAAAUAGCGCGAAUAGCCCUCUUCUGUAGUACAAAUAUUGUAUCUUACAAAUAUUAUAUCUACAAGAUGUUAAUGUGUGUCUAUUCUAUAUUAUCGAAUUCUCGCAAAAAUUCGACGUAACAUUAAUAUAACUAAAUAAAUAAUAUUUAUUUUAAUUUAGAUGUCAAAUGGUUAGGAUUACUAAUUGUAACAGUAAUCACGGCCAUCAUGUUCACGAAGCAUCUUUACACAAACAAUUAAUUUAAGCUCUAAAGGUUGAUGCAUCCAAUAUAUUAUAAUUUAUAUUUUUCUUUAUAACUUUUUAUGAAAUAUUUGAUAUUAUUUAAACACAAUUCAUAUAUUGGAUGCAGCACCUUACAAACUAAUCUCUCAUGUAUAUUACAGCUAUUGUAAAAAACAGCUCUAUUUGAUUGACAAAAGUGGCCGUUAAGUUUAUUGUAUGUUCUUCUCAUGAGUUCUUACUUUUUCCGAACAUAUGGUGGAUUCAGUAAUUUAAAAGAAAUAUUUAUAGUGACGAUUCAAUAGCGCUUAGUUUGAGCCUAAUUGAAUAAAAUUUAUUUUACUUUGAAAAUGUUUGCUGAUUCUUGAAGAUGAAUCCAAGUUUCUCUGGCAUGCAUACCUUAAGCUUAUUUUCACAUCCACCUUUAGCCUUAACAUAAUCGACCUUACAAUUAAUAAAAAUGGCAUAAAGUUGUAACUAAUCAUAAACCAAGAAAAUGCAAAAUGUUUACAAAUAGACAUUUCGCUUAUGAUUGGUUUAUUCGGACGUAUAACGUUUCCCGCGUUUAUUUGCAAGGCAGCUUGUCAUUCGGAAAACUUCAGAAUUAUCAUUGUAUUGACAGUGUUGUCAACGAUAUUGUAAACAUUUUGCAUAUUCUUUGUUUAUGCUUAGUUAUAACUUUAUACCAAGUUUAUUUGUAAGGCCGAAUAAGUAUAAUGUAACACAAAAGUGUUCAGUUAUGUAAUAGUUAUUGUUUAUAAUGUAAAUAAAUAUUUUGAUAGUA